GCCUCAUUCGCACUCAACUGUCAGCGUGAGCGGACGGCAUAAGCUUGAGCACCGACACCGAUACCGAUACCGGUUUUAGCGCGUUGGACUAUAGUCAGUUAACGGCUGAUUGAGUUCCUUAUUUCUUUAAUAAUUGUGGUUUCACUACGACAAAAAAAAGCUAAUCAAUAAAAAUUAUUUUAUAAAAAUUCGAUAAUAAAAACUAAGAGAAAAGUGCGUUGUUAUUCGUUUGUGGUUUGUGGUUUGUGGUGGUCUGUGCGAAGACUGUUCUAACUAAUUUGUAUUGACAUUUUCUUUUAAUCAUAAUCAUAGCCAUAAUCAUAGUUGUACUAAUUAUUAAUUUAAAUAUUUUUUAAUUCUAAAAUCUAACGAAAAAGCCAACAAAAUGGCGCGAAAAAUACUGCUCGCCUAUUGUUUUCUGCAAAUCGUGGUAUUCGCGCUUGGAGCUGGAAUUUACUCUGUAGUGGGUCCUGGUACCAUACAUUCCAAUUUCAAAUACAGCGUGGCUAUUUCUCUACAUAAAGCCGAAGGCCCGGCAAAAAUUCAGGUUGGCAUCACUGGUCCAUCUUAUAAUGAAAGUAAAAUCGUACAAGUCGAUCCUAUGUCUACUAAGACAGUGGACUUUGAUGUGCCAAACUUAAGUAGUGGCGAAUACAACUUAACAUCAGUUGGUUUGUCUGGAAUCACAUUCGAGAAUAGCACUUCACUGAAUGUAGCAGAUAGCAAACCAUCAAUAUUCAUACAAACCGAUAAAGCCACUUACAAACCUGGAGAUCUUGUACAGUUUCGUGUUAUAUUCCUGGAUGAAAACACGCGUCCAGCUAAAAUUAACACGCCAGUCAAUAUAGAGAUAAGUGACGCAUUAAAGAAUAUUUUAAAACAAAUAAAAAAUGUUAAAUUCACGAAAGGAGUCUACACUGAUAGCUUCCCGUUAUCAGCCGAGACUGUACUUGGUGACUGGACAAUUUCAGUUUACAAUAACGGCGAAAAAGCUGAGCAGAAAGUGUUCGAGGUAGCCAAAUAUGUGCUACCAAAAUUCGACGUGACUAUUGAUACAGCUAAAGAUGUUGCCAUACCAUCUAAUGUCAUUAAGGCAACUGUGCGCUCAAAAUAUACUUACGGAAAACCCGUUAAGGGUAAGGCCGUUAUUUCUGUAAGCCCCUCAUACCAUUAUUAUGGAAGCUUCAAUGAUAAUUUGGUUGCUGAGAAGACCAUUGAUGUCGAUGGUAAAGGACAUGUUGAAUUUGAUUUAACGAAAGAUUUGCGUUUAUCAGCUGAUCGCUCUUAUGUACCACCAUUAAAUAUUCUCGUUGUUAUGGAAGAGGCUUUGACUGGAAAUAAACAGAAUACUUCAACUACUGUAAAUUUGCAUAUAGAAACUUAUCGUAUUGAAGGUGUUAAUACGCCUUAUAGUUUCCAUCCCGGAAAACCAGUUGUUUUUACUAUAGUCGUUAAAAAUUUAGAUGGUACACCAGUGCAAGAUACCAAAAAUAGUGCUAAGUUAUUAGUUGAUUCACCAAGGGGUUAUUUCCAUCGUACUUGGAUACCAACCGAUAUGAGUCUUGUUUCGCCUGUACCAGAACCUCCAACAAUGGAAUUUGAGUCUAAAUUAGAUAAAAAUGGCAUGGCUACAUUUGAAUUUACACUUCCCACCAACGCUGUUAGUUAUUACUCAGUGAGAGCAAAAUACCUUGACUCAAACGCUUACUUAUCUUCUCUAUCGCAAUAUAGUGCACCGGUAGAGCAAGUCGAAAAACUAAAAAUUACCGUAACACCAGAAAAGCCUCAUUUGAAAGAUAAUGUCACGGUAGAAGUGUUGUCGAAAGAAAGAAUUCCUUAUUUUGUGUACACGAUUGUAGGACGUGGUAACAUUUUGAAAAGUGAACACGUAGAAGUUCCUGAAGCUUCUAAGUCACAUAAAUUCACAAUUGUGCCUACAUUUGAAAUGAUGCCCAAAUUCAAGAUCUUAAUACAUUAUGUCUUUGAAAACGAUCUGCAAUUUGAAGAACAUACUGUUAAUAUGGAGAAAGGCUUUGAAAAUUCAAUUGCCAUUUCUGCACCAGUUGAAGUAAAGCCUGGUGACGAUGUGAAACUUGAUGUACAAACGGAUCCAGAUUCAUAUGUUGGAUUAUUAGGCGUUGAUCAAAGUGUGCUGUUGUUAAAAUCUGGCAAUGACAUAAAGAAGGAUGAUGUUUUCAAUAAAAUAGAAGGCAUCGACACAAGCACACCAUGGAUGCGUGGUUAUGGACGGUACCCUGGACAGCAAACCGGUUUGGUAACAAUGACUAAUGCUAAUUAUCCUUACAAUCAUGGAUAUCGUCCCGUAUUUCAUUCACUUCCUAGACCUGGAAUUCUUUAUAUGCGUACCGGUCAGCCCUUGGGUGCUGCUGAAAUUGGUAAUAGAGUUGCUUUUGCAAGCUCUGCACAUGCACCUCGACCAUUUCCAUCAUCACGACCAUCGCAGCCACCACUUCUGCAACAGCCACCACGUAUACGUAAACUGUUCUUAGAAGCCUGGAUUUGGGACGAUAUUAAUACCACUGGCCCUGAUGGACUUAAGUUUACUAAAAAAAUCCCCGAUACAAUUACUUCCUGGGUCAUAACCGGCUUCUCCAUUAAUCCAAAGACUGGCUUUGCUCUAACUGACGAUGCUACUAAAAUAAGAGUUUUUCAACCAUUCUUCAUAUUCUUGAAUCUGCCACAUUCCGUGAAACGCGGCGAAGCUUUUGCUCUACCUGUUAUACUAAAUAAUUAUAUGUCACAACCACUGACAGCUGAGGUCACCAUGGACAAUACUGACGGCGACUAUCAAUUUAUUGAAGCAACAAAUGAAGUUGAUGAAAAUUCCAUUAACGAGGUGAAACGUGUUAAACGCGUUACAAUUCCUGCAAAUUCUGGUGCCAGCGUAUCUUUCCUUAUUCGCCCAAAUCGUGUUGGAGAUGUGUCUAUGAAGAUUACUGCGAUUACACCUGUUGCUGGUGAUAGCAUACAUCAACCACUUAAAGUUGAGCCAGAAGGAGUACCAGUAUAUAAAAAUGAUGCUGUUUUUAUAAAUUUGCAAGAGACAAUGACGCAAAAUGGAAAUUUCAAUAUUAAUAUACCACCGGAGGCAGUUCCAGAUUCAGAAGUCAUUGAUUUCAGCGUAAUUGGGGAUGUGCUUGGACCUACAUUAAAUAAUUUAGAUCAAUUAGUGCGCAAACCAUAUGGUUGCGGUGAGCAAAAUAUGAUCAACUUUGUGCCAAAUAUUUUGGUACUUAGGUAUUUAGACGCUACCAAUAAGUCAAUGCCUAGUCUAAGAGAUAAAGCUAAAGGCUUUGUGGAGAAUGGUUAUCAACGAGAGUUAACAUACAAACACGACAACGGUGCUUAUAGUGCUUUUGGCAAGAGCGACCCUAGUGGUAGUACAUGGCUUACAGCGUAUGUUGUACGUUCGUUCCAUCAAGCAGCUAAGUUCAUAUUCAUUGAUCCCAAUGUCAAUAAGCAAGGUCUAAAUUAUUUAGCCUCUGUACAAGCUGAAAACGGUAGUUUCACAGAGCACGCAAGACUGCUCGACAGCACAAACCACAAUAAACUUGUGAUCACGGCUUUCGUGUUGAUGGCUUUCUUUGAGAAUGUGGAACACAUUCCUGAAUACGAGAAAACUAUUAAUAAAGGCUUAGCUUAUUUACGUGAAAACGUGGAUCAGACAGAUGAUUUGUAUGCAACCGCAAUUAUUGCUUAUACUCUUAAAUUGGCUAAUGAUCCAAAAGCGGAAAAAGUGUUGGCCAAAUUGGAAACACUCGCUAAGGAGGAAAAUGGUCAAAAAUCGUGGUCAAAAGACUCUACAAAAUCUAUGAAUAAUGCUGUAGAACUUACUUCUUACGUUGCGCUUGCGAAAUUGAAUACAGAAUCAGCGGAAGAAGCAUUGCCUAUCAUAAAAUGGUUGGUGGCACAACGGAAUAGCAAUGGUGGCUUCCAGUCAACUCAAGACACCGUAGUCGGUUUGCAGGCUCUCACUAAAUUCGCCGAAAAAACAUCUUACGGUUCGGGCGAAGUUGAAAUUGAUUUCGAGUCCAAUGGUGGUGAAAAGAGAACGGGUAAUAUGAAGGUUAAUGCAGAUAAUGCAUUGGUGCUACAAACCCAUGUGCUACCAAAAACCACAAGACAUCUUUCAUAUACUGCUAAAGGUCGUGGUUCGGCGAUUGCACAGCUGUCGUAUCGGUACAAUAUUGCCGAGAAGGAAAAAAAACCCAGCUUCACGCUAAACACUAAGGUUAACAAUGCUACACUACCAAAUCUGCUCGUAUUGGAAAUUUGUGCCGAGUAUAAACCUUUGGAGAACGCUGAACCAGGCAAAGAGUCAAACAUGGCUGUAAUGGAGGUGUCAUUACCUUCUGGCUAUACAGCUGAUGCAGAUACGCUCACCAAGAUCGAUGCUGUAGAUCGUGUUAAACUUGCCGAAACUAAGGACGCUGAUUCAACUGUGAUUGUUUAUUUCGAUAGUUUGGCAGUGGGUGAUAUUAAAUGCGUACCAGUUGAGGCUUCGAAGACUCAUCCCGUAGCUAAAUUGAAACCAGCGCCUGUUGCCAUUUAUGAUUAUUAUGUAUCAGAUCAACGUGAAACGGAGUAUUAUACUGUGCCUUCUUCUCUGUGUGAUAUAUGCGAAGGUGAGGACUGCGGUGAAGCUUGUAAGGGAAUCAAACGUUAAUGACUAUUUCAAAAUCACUUUCAGUCAAUUUUAAAAGUUUAAGUUAAAAUUCAUAAAAAAAUUAUUUACUUUUCUACCAUAUAUCAAUUAAAGUUUUUAAAA